GAUUCCCUUCAUUUAUUUCAUCACGGGGCUCAUGCCUGCCUGGCGUUCAGUUCUCUGCAGAUUUGCUCUUGGGUUUAUUAUCUGCCCCUCCACCCCUGAGGGGUGUCAGUGCUGUGAGGAUGCUGGGAACCUGUCUUGCUGGCUGAUAAACCCCUGGUUCCUAGAGGGGCUGGGUGCAGAGGAGGCGUUCCUUUAGAAAUGGGGCAGGCCUGGGGACCACUGCUGUGGUAACGAGUCCUGCUGUCCCUCUGUCACUGCCCUAUGGGGCUGCACUUUAGGCUGGGAGUCGGAGAAGGAGCUCUUGCCUGUGACUUUGGGGAGCACGCUGUCUAUAAGAGGCAGGGUCUUACAGGAGAGGGGACCGUCCUGGGCUGGCCUGGACCAUGGUGCUGCUCUGGGAGCCUGCAGGAGCCUGGCUUGCUCUGGGCCUGGCCCUGGCCCUGGGCCCCAGCGUGGCCGCAGCUGCCCCUCGGCAGGACUGCACGGGCGUGGAGUGCCCGCCGCUGGAGAAUUGCAUUGAGGAGGCGCUGGAGCCGGGUGCCUGCUGCGCCACGUGUGUGCAGCAGGGCUGCGCCUGCGAGGGCUACCAGUACUAUGACUGCCUACAGGGUGGCUUCGUGCGCGGCCGCGUGCCCGCCGGUCAGUCCUAUUUUGUGGACUUCGGGAGCACUGAGUGCUCCUGCCCACCAGGCGGCGGCAAGAUCAGCUGCCAGUUCAUGCUGUGCCCGGAGCUGCCGCCCAACUGCAUCGAGGCUGUAGUGGUGGCUGACAGCUGCCCACAGUGCGGCCAGGUGGGCUGCGUCCACGCGGGCCGCAAGUACGCCGCUGGCCACACUGUUCACCUGCCACCCUGCCGGGCCUGCCACUGCCCUGACGCCGGUGGAGAGCUCAUCUGCUACCAGCUCCCCAGUUGCCACGGGAACUUCUCAGAUGCCGAGGAGGGUGACCCCGAGCGACACUAUGAAGACCCCUACAGCUAUGACCAGGAGGUGGCCGAGGUGGAAGCAGCAGCAGCCCUGGGGGGCGAGGUCCAGGCGGGUGCAGUCCAGGCAGGCGCAGGGGGCCCCCCAGCUGCUCUGGGAGGUGAGAGUCAGCCACUGUCCACCAUCCAGGCACCCCCCUGGCCAGCUGCCCUCCCCAGGCCCACAGCGGCUGCUGCCCUGGGUCCCCCAGCCCCAGUGCAGGCCAAAGCUAGGAGAGUGACCGAGGACAGUGAGGAGGAAGAAGAGGAGGAGGAGGAGAGAGAGGAAAUGGCUGUCACUGAGCAGCUGGCAGCAGGUGGCCACAGGGGGCUGGAUGGGCUGCCCACUACAGCCCCAGCUGGACCCAGUCUUCCUAUCCAGGAGGAGAGGGCAGAAGCUGGGGCAAGGGCAGAAGCUGGGGCAAGGCCUGAAGAGAACCUCAUCCCGGAUGCCCAAGCUACGUCCCGCAGCACUGGGCCGGAGGGCGUGACGCAUGCACCGGGCCUGGGCAAGGCUGCUCUCGUCCCAACUCAGGCCGUGCCUGGCUCUCCCAGGGACCCAGUCAAGCCCAGCCCCCACACCAUCCUGUCCACAUCACUGCCUGAUGCAGCCUGGAUCCCACCCACCCGGGAAGUGCCCAGGAAGCCGCAAGUUCUGCCCCAUUCCCACGUGGAGGAGGACACAGACCCCAACUCUGUCCAUUCUAUCCCCAGAAGUAGCCCUGAAGGCUCCACCAAGGACCUGAUCGAGACUUGCUGUGCAGCCGGACAGCAGUGGGCCAUCGACAAUGACGAGUGCCUGGAGAUCCCUGAGAGUGGCACUGAGGACAACGUCUGCAGGACAGCCCAGAGGCACUGCUGUGUCUCCUACUUGCAGGAGAAGAGCUGCAUGGCUGGCGUCCUGGGAGCCAAGGAGGGUGAGACCUGUGGGGCUGAGGACAACGACAGCUGCGGCAUCUCCCUGUACAAGCAAUGCUGUGACUGCUGUGGCCUGGGCCUCCGCGUGCGGGCCGAGGGCCAGUCGUGUGAGUCCAAUCCUAACCUGGGCUAUCCCUGCAAUCAUGUCAUGCUCUCCUGCUGUGAGGGUGAAGAGCCUCUCAUAGUACCUGAGGUUCGCCGACCUCCAGAGCCCGCAGCUGCACCACGGAGAGUUUCAGAGGCAGAGAUGGCGGGCCGAGAGGCCCUGUCACUGGGCACAGAGGCCGAGCUGCCAAACAGCCUGCCGGGCGAUGACCAGGAUGAGUGCCUUCUCCUCCCGGGAGAGCUGUGCCAGCACCUUUGCAUCAAUACUGUGGGCUCUUACCACUGUGCCUGCUUUCCUGGCUUCUCACUGCAGGAUGAUGGCCGCACUUGCCGCCCAGAGGGUCACCCUCCACAGCCGGAAGCCCCACAGGAGCCUGCACUGAAGUCAGAAUUUUCCCAGGUGGCCUCUAACACCAUCCCGCUGCCACUGCCGCAGCCCAAUACCUGCAAAGACAAUGGACCCUGCAAGCAGGUGUGCAGCACUGUUGGGGGCUCAGCCAUAUGCUCCUGUUUUCCUGGCUAUGCCAUCAUGGCGGAUGGCGUGUCCUGUGAAGACCAAGACGAGUGCCUGAUGGGUGCUCACGAUUGUAGCCGGCGACAGUUCUGUGUGAACACCCUGGGAUCCUUCUACUGUGUCAACCACACAGUGCUCUGUGCCGAUGGCUAUAUCCUCAAUGCGCACAGGAAGUGCGUGGACAUCAACGAGUGUGUGACGGACCUGCACACGUGCAGCCGGGGUGAGCACUGUGUGAACACACUGGGCUCCUUCCACUGCGACAAGGCACUCACCUGUGAGCCAGGCUAUGCCCUCAAGGAUGGCGAGUGCGAAGACGUGGAUGAGUGUGCGAUGGGCACGCACACCUGCCAGCCGGGCUUCUUGUGCCAGAACACCAAGGGCUCCUUCUACUGCCAGGCCCGGCAGCGCUGCAUGGAUGGCUUCCUGCAGGAUCCUGAAGGCAACUGUGUGGACAUCAACGAGUGCACGUCACUGUCCGAGCCAUGUCGGCCAGGCUUCAGCUGCAUCAACACAGUGGGCUCCUACACAUGCCAGAGGAACCCGCUGAUCUGCGCACGCGGCUACCACGCCAGCGAUGAUGGGGCCAAGUGUGUGGACGUGAAUGAGUGUGAGACGGGUGUGCACCGCUGCGGUGAGGGCCAGGUGUGCCACAACCUCCCUGGCUCCUACCGCUGUGACUGCAAAGCCGGCUUUCAGCGGGAUGCCUUCGGCCGGGGCUGCAUCGACGUGAAUGAGUGCUGGGCCUCGCCAGGCCGCCUGUGCCAGCACACGUGUGAGAACACACUCGGCUCCUACCGCUGUUCCUGCGCCUCCGGGUUCCUGCUAGCAGCGGACGGCAAGCGCUGUGAAGACGUGAAUGAGUGUGAGGCCCAGCGCUGCAGCCAGGAGUGUGCCAACAUCUACGGCUCCUACCAGUGCUACUGCCGCCAGGGCUACCAGCUGGCUGAGGAUGGGCACACCUGCACAGACAUCGACGAGUGUGCUCAAGGCGCCGGCAUCCUCUGCACCUUCCGCUGUCUCAACGUGCCAGGGAGCUACCAGUGUGCAUGCCCUGAGCAGGGCUACACCAUGACGGCCAACGGGAGGUCCUGCAAGGACGUGGAUGAGUGUGCACUGGGUACCCACAACUGUUCCGAGGCUGAGACCUGCCACAACAUCCAGGGUAGCUUCCGCUGCCUGCGCUUCGAGUGUCCUCCCAACUAUGUCCAAGUCUCCAAAACGAAGUGCGAGCGCACCACGUGCCACGACUUCCUGGAGUGCCAGAACUCGCCAGCGCGCAUCACGCACUACCAGCUCAACUUCCAGACGGGCCUCCUGGUGCCUGCGCAUAUCUUCCGCAUUGGCCCCGCGCCAGCCUUCACGGGGGACACCAUCGCCCUCAACAUCAUCAAGGGCAACGAGGAGGGCUACUUUGGCACGCGCAGGCUCAACGCCUACACGGGUGUGGUCUACCUGCAGCGGGCCGUGCUGGAGCCCCGGGACUUUGCCCUGGACGUGGAGAUGAAGCUCUGGAGGCAGGGCUCCGUCACCACCUUCCUGGCCAAGAUGCACAUCUUCUUCACCACCUUUGCCCUGUGAGGUGCCAGCACGGGCCACCUGCGGGUGUGGCGCAGUCCAGGGCUCACACUGCGUGGGAGGGACUGGGUCACUAUUGUGGUUUUUACUAUAACUUUGUAAAUUAACUUAAUUUUGCUGACUUGACUCCUGUGGGCUUCUGGACCCCUCCUCUGCCCCGCAGGAGGAAGUUCCACGGCAGGUGGUGCGUUCCCACGCAGGCACCAAGUGGAAGCUUGCACGGUGGGCCACGGCCGUGGCGGGUGCCCUGUGGGUGAGGCUGGGUGAUGACCUGAGGACCAGAGACACGCGACCAUGUUGGGGCUCUUGGACUCCUCUGGAUGACCCGUCCCCAAAGUUGACAUUCCAUUUCAUGUUCCACUGUGAUUCAUUCUUUUCUUUUUUAAAAAAUCAUUUUAAAGUUUUUUGUUUAAUUAUAAAGUAGUACAUGUACAUUAUAAAAAAAAAAGUUCAACUAGUAUGAAAGGGUUAUAAAGUAACAGAGGAAAACG